GUGAAAACUGAAAUUCUUCUGGUACUUUCUGGUGCUGAAAUUGAAGAUUCUAUUCUUGCUUUGCAAGAUUUAGCAAAUUUUGAAAAAGAUAAAAAUGAUGAAUUGAUUGUUAACCUAACAACAAGAUUAUCAGACCUGACAAUUGAGCAAGAGAUAAAUAAUUUUGACAAUUUAAAUAAUUUUCAAAUACUUAUAAAGGAUGUUCUUGACGAAAUGCAAAUUGUGAAUAUUGUAUUAGAUAAACAAUGUAAAUAUAAAGAAGGUGAUGCGAGUGACACCAAUGAGAAGCCACCUGAAGUUCCUAUUAUAAAGAGAUUAAACGGUCUAAACAAAUUUGGUAGCUUCUUUGAGCAACAAAAAAGCGGUGACUUUAACGUAAAGGAUUUAAAGGAACCUUUGGAAGAAUCUUUAAAAGAACCUUUGGAAGAGGUAGAACUUUUGAAAGAGCUUUUAGGAUUUUUAUUUUUUUGGCAAUUACUUUUCAAUAUUGGUUUAGAUAUAAAGUUAGACACGUUAAAUAUAGAUUUUGGUGUAGUAGAGUUGAACAUAGAUUUAGGCGUAGAGUUAGGCGUAAAAGAGUUAGACAUGGAGUUAGGCGUAGAGUUAGACAUGGAGUUAGACAUGCUGGAAUU